CGGCGGGGGGGCACCCACCCCUUCCCAGCCCACCGCACCCCAUCCCACCCCACCCACCCCGCGUCCUCCCCGGCGGCGAUGUCCAACGUGCACCUCUCCGGCGCCGCCGCCCUGGAGCGCCUCUCCGCCCGGCGAGCCCUGGCCGGGCACGGCCGCAGCCCCGUCUGCAGGAGCCUCUUCGGGCCGGUGGACCACGAGGAGCUGGGCCGGGAGCUGCGGAACCGCCUGCGGGAGAUGGGGGAGGACGACCAGCGCCGCUGGGACUACAACUUCCACACCGACACGCCGCUGCCGGGGCCCGGCCGCCUGCGCUGGGAGGAGGUGGAGGGCGGCGCCGUGCCCGCUUUCUACCGGGAGACGCUGCAGGUGGGGCGGCGCCGCGUCCCCCUCCGCCGGGCGCCCCCCUCCCCGCCGCCGCCGCCCCCCGCCGCCGGCAAGGGGCCCGGGGGGCGCCUGAGCCGGGAGAACCGCGCCGCGCCCCGCCGCCGCGGCAUGCGGCUCCGCCGGAGGGGCCCGACGGCCCGCAUCACAGAUUUCUUCGCAAGGAGGAAAAGGCCGGCGGAGCCCAAGGCGGCGGCGGAGCGCCCCGCCGGCUGCCCGCCGCCCCCCGCCGCCGUGCCGGUUGAGCAGACCCCCCGCAAGCGGCUCCGGUGAGCCAGACUUUUGCACUACGGCACCCAGGGGAGAGGCGCGCCGCCCCCGGAGGCGCGGCG